AUGGAAUAUCUGGUUCGCCUGGCUCAAUGCCAUGAGACUUUCCGUGUGCCGGAGUUGCAGGCUGUGGCUCAACUUUUGGGGAUCGACCUUGAGAUUGUUUCCUACCAUGAAUAUACACCCCACUGCGUGAUCAAGGUAAAAGAUGAAGCCGCAGCUAGUGCCUUGAUUUCGCGUACUAUCCUGAGCAGAGACAUCAUGGAGAUUUGGGGUCAGGGUGCAACCUAUGAAGAACUACAUGCCGAUGUCAAGCGGCGCUGUGAGCACCGCUGGCCCGAAUACCGUGAUGUCUCUUUCUCAUUUGCAAUCGAUGGAUUCUGUGGCAAGCGCAGCCACGAGAAGAAGGUAGAGAUCAUCCAGUCGUUUGCAUACUUAGACCUUCAAGGCGAAAUUCGGAUGAAGAACCCAGACACGCAGUUCUGUGUGAUUGAAGAAUACGUUUCACGUCCGGAACAAAUCGCUCUCGGAACAGAGCAGUCAUCCGAACCACGAAAGAUUUUUAUGGGACGUUUAAUUGCGCAAAGCGCUCGGAAAAUCAUCGAUAGAUAUGAUCUCAAGAAGCGGAAGUACAUUAGCACUACAUCCAUGGAUGCAGAGCUGAGUCUAGUCACGGCAAACAUGGCGCUGGCAGCUCCCGGCAAAGUGUUCUACGAUCCUUUCGUUGGAACUGGAAGUUUCUUGGUGGCCGCCUCACAUUUUGGCGCCUCGACCAUGGGCUCAGACAUCGAUCCCCGGAGCUUCCGUGGAAAAGAUAAACUGCCUCAGGAAGACAUGGCUCUUGUGAAGAAUUUCAAGCAAUACAACAUCGCAGACAACUUUCUAGAUGCCUUCAGUUCCGAUCUAACCAAUACGCCCUUACGGAACUGCGAGUUCCUUGAUGGCAUUGUUUGCGACCCCCCUACGGUGUGCGCGAGGGUCUUCGGGUUUUGGGAACUCGCGAUGGUUCGCGAAGGCUACGUCCCUCCCAAACGACCAUAUGGCUUUGAGGCCCUGCAGAGAGACGUCCUCGAUUUUGCCGCUCGCACUCUCGUUCCACAUGGCCGCCUGGCGAUGUGGAUGCCGACAGGUAGUGACGAGGACGUUCAUUUCCCUGUGCCCAUGCAUCCGAAUUUAGAAGUGGUCAAUGUUUCAGUCCAGCCCUUUAGCAACUGGUCUCGACGGCUGAUAACUUAUCGUCGUCUUCCCGAAGGAGAAAUAUCUGAUACCACACAUGGACGAGCCAAAACCGACGCUCUAGGUACACAAGCAGAUGAACUCAAUGCUUUUCGGCAAAAGGUAUGUGUUUGA